GUGGCCAUGAUAAAGAAGGAAGAACUUGUUCGUCAUGAUCAGCCACCGCCAAUGCUGGCUGCGCCUAGAAAGCUUCUUGGCUACUCCUCCGAAGCAAAGAAAGCUGCACUGCAAAACCUUGAAGAUGUCUUGUUAGAGCCUCCAAGAGCCUCAUCGAGAAUAUCAAGAAAAUACUUGAAGCGCACUAAAUAUCUUCCGAAUUUGAUGGGCGAUUCUUUGGAAAGUUAUCCUCGUAGAGUUUUUAUUGAUGUUAAAUUGGCGGAGAAAGAAGGAGAGAGAAAAAAUGAUUGGUUCCAGAAGAAUUAUCCAACAAGAAACAAGAACUUCGAAAUGUACAACAUAAAUAUCGAAAUAAUUACAGCGGACGAAGAGGCGUCAACGAAAGAGGUGCCACAAAUAGGAAUGUCAGAUUGGAUGCGAAAGAAUGUGAAGGAUGAAGAAUUUGUAGUGAUGAAGGCAGAGGCAGAAGUGGUGGAAGAGAUGAUAAAAAGAGAUACUAUUGGACUGGUAGAUGAGCUUUUCUUAGAGUGCAAGCCACAUAAAAAACAAGAGAAUAAUAGAAGUCGUAGGGCUUAUUGGGAGUGUUUGGCACUCUAUGGAAACUUGAGGGAUAAAGGUGUAGCUGUACAUCAAUGGUGGGGUUAG